UAGUAUCCACUGAUACACUAUUUAAGAUCACAUGUUGGCAGAUCAUAUAUGUCAUAAUAUAUUCAUAUCAUUUGACAAGCUGCCUGUUUUUUUGUUCUUUUCAAAAUUAUUUUACUGUUCCUUCAACUUACAUAGCACAUAUGGUUCAUAUGCACAGAUCUCCUGUGUUCAUGGAUUAUAUCCUCUGUGGAUAAGGGGGUACUAACCGAUUCUGUAUCCAGCAUUGAAAACUAAGGCACGGUUUCAUGCAUUUGUGAGUGCUGAUAUCCACGUGAGAUCCACAGAGAGGGGCGCUUGACAUUCAGGGAUGUGGCCAUAGAGUUCUCUCAGGAGGAGUGGCAGUGCCUGGACCCUGCUCAGAGGGCUUUGUACAGGGCCGUGAUGUUGGAGAACUACAGGAACCUGGUCUCCCUCGGACUCUUGCUUCCUGACCUGACUGUUCUCUCCAUGUUGGAGGAAGGGAAUGAGCCCUGGACUGUGGAGACUGAAGUGAAAACACCAAGAAAUUCAAACUGGGAGGAAGUGAUCAGAGCUGUCCACUCAGGGAGGAGCUAUGUACUGGGAAAAGAUACAAGAUGCAAGCCUUCUAAAGACCAACUUGGAUUAUACAUUCAUUCCUAUCUGCCAAUUGAAAACAAAGGGAAAAUUGAUGAAUGGAAUGAGGUUGCAAACUCUCUCAAUCAUAUUACCUCAUUUUCUCCACUUGAAAACAUUCCUUCUAAACUCAAAACCCACAUACAUAAUAAAUAUAAAAGCGGUUUUGGCAUUUCUGCAAUAGUCACACAAGAACUGAACACACAAAUUAGGGAAGAACCUUACAGGUAUAAUGAGCAUGGUGGAGCCCUUAAUGUGUCUUCAAGCCCUCUUAACCAUGGGAAAAAUCAUACUGGAAAGAAACCUCUGACCCUCAAUGAAUCCCCAACAAUAAAAAAAAGAACCAGAAAGAAACCUAUGAAAUGUGAAGAGUGUGGAAUACUCUUCAGGCAAAAUCAAAAUCUAAUUCGACAUCAGGUAAUUCAUACUGGGGAGAAACAUUUCAAAAGUGAUGACUGUGGGAAACACUUCAGGCGAAAGGAGUGCCUAUUUCAACAUCAGAAAAUUCACACUGGGGAGAAACCUUACAAAUGCAAUGAAUGUAGCAAGGUCUUUUCUCAACAAUCAGACCUUAUGGCUCAUCACACAAUCCAUACAGGGGAAAGACCUUACAAAUGUAAUGCAUGUGACAAGGCCUUCAUACAGAAAAUAGCCCUUACAUUUCAUGAGAAAACACAUACUGGAGAAAAACCUUACAAGUGUAAUGAAUGUAACAAGGCCUUCAGAAAAAAGUCAGCCCUUAGAGUUCAUCAGAAAACACACAUGGGAGAAAAACCUUACAAAUGUAAUGAAUGUGACAAGGCCUUUAGAUGGAAGAUAGCCCUUACAGAUCAUCAGAAUACACACACUGGAGAGAAGCCUUACAAAUGUAAUCAAUGUGACAAAGCCUUUAGACAGAAAACAUCCCUUACAUUUCACCAGGAAACACACACUGGAGAGAAACCUUACAAAUGUAAUCAAUGUGACAAGGCAUUCAGACACAAGAUAUAUCUUACAGUUCAUCAGAAAGCACACACUGGAGAGAAACCAUACAAAUGUAAUCAGUGCGACAAAGCCUUCAGACAGAAGAAAUCCCUUACAGUUCAUCAGAAAACACACACUGGAGAGAAACCUUACAAAUGUAAUCAGUGUGACAAAGCCUUUAGACAGAAGAUAUCCCUUACAGAUCAUCAGAAUACACAUACUGGAGAGAAACCUUACAAAUGUAAUCAAUGUGACAAGGCGUUCAGGCACAAUGUGUCUCUUACAGUUCAUCAGAAAACACACACUGGAGAGAAACCUUACAAAUGUAAUCAGUGUGACAAGGCCUUCACUAGGAGGACAUCUAUUAUAGCUCAUUUGAAAAAACACACUGGAGAGAAACACACUGGAGAGAAACCUUACAAAUGUAAUGAAUGUGGGAAAGCCUACAUUCAUAUUUCAAAUCUUGCUCGUCAUCGAAAAAUUCAUACUGGAGAAAAACCUUACAAAUGUAAUGAUUGUGACAAGGCCUUCACACUGAAGGAAUCCCUUACAGUUCAUCAGAAAACACACACCACAGAGAAACCUUACAAAUGCAGUGAGUGUGACAAGGCCUUCAAACACAGGAUCUUCCUUAUAGCUCAUCAGAAAACACAUUCUGGAGAGAAACCUUACAAAUGCAAUGAGUGUGGCAAGCUCUUUACUUGCAAACAGUACCUUAGAAAACAUCAGGGCAUUCAUACCGGAGAGAAACCUUACAGAUGCAAUCAAUGUGGUAAGGUUUUUAGGUUCAUUUCAGAACUUACCCAACAUCAGGGCAUUCAUACAGGAGAGAAGCCUUACAAAUGCAAUGACUGUGACAAGGCCUUCAGACUGAAGCUGUCUCUUACAGUUCAUCAGAAAAGACAUACUGGACAGAAGACCUUACAAAUGCAAUAAAUGUGGCAAGGUUGUUAGUUGUGAUUCAUAUCUUAUACAACAUCAGCACAUUCACAUAAAAGAAACCUUACAAAUGCAAGGUUUCUUCAGAAGAUAUCCCAUACAGGAGAUAUCCCAUACAAUUCAUCAGAAAAGACAUACUGGACAGAAAACUUUACAAAUGCAAUGGGUGUGGCAGGGUCUGUAGUAGCAAUUCAAACCUUACAUGACAUCAGAACUUUGAUACUGGAAGACAAUCCAUAGAAAUGCAAUGUCUGUGGAAAAAAAUUAGUGUGUAUUCAAGACUGCAUACACAUCAGGUUAUCUAUAAAGCCAAUAAAUCCUGGAUAUGUCAUGAGUGUGGGAAAGUUUUCGGGCACAGAUUGUCCUUAACAGUUACUUUCAUAAUUCAUACUGGAAGGAAACCUUACAAGUGUGAUGAAUGUGCCAAAGCCUUCAGACAGAAGUCACAGUUCAUCAAGAAAACACAUACUGGAGAGAAAACUUAACAAGGUCUCUCAUCACAAAUCAAACUUUAAAUAUCAUCCCACAAUCCAUACAGGAGACAACCCUUACAAAUGUUAUGAGUGUGGCCAGUUCUUCAGUUUAAAUUAUACCUUAAAAGUCAUCACAGAAUUCAUACUGGAGAGAAACUGUACAAAAAUGUAACCCAUGUUAUAUUUAUCAGGCUCUGAAGAGUGCUGUGUUCUAUGUUAUCCUGGCUCCUUUUGACAAUGAACAGUCAGAUUUGGUUCACUGAAUAAGUCCUGACAAGAAGUUAGAAGAAAUUCCCAAAUACAAGGCUCUUUUAAAGCUUUUUACCACACUGGAGUUAAUGUGUUGGUCCACACUUGUUGAGGACUAUGGGAUGGAAUUAAGAAAAGGUUCCCUUGAGAGUCCUGCAGCUGAUGUUUUUGCUUCCAUGGAGGAAGGUAAAAAAAGGUGGAAAGACUUGAAGAACAGAGUUGUUGAAGAUAAUAUGAGAAUAAUGGCCAAGUACUAUACUCAGCUAAUAAUGAAAAGAAUGGCAUAACUUCUGGAUCCAUCUGUUGAUGAGUCAGAAGCUUUUCUCUCAAAUUUAGUAGUUAACAAGACCAUCUUUGCUAAAGUAGAAGACUGGCAGGAAUUAUCAACUUCCAGAGACCCAAGGAUCUAAAUAAUUUAUUAAAUGACUGGUCUCAGAAACUGAACUCAUUGAUGUCUCUAGUUAACAAAACUACGCAUCUCAUAGCCAAAGAGGAGAUGAUACAUAAUCUACAAUAAAGGUCUUAAUUCUUUUAGAAAAGAAUUAAAAUCAGAAGUCAUUAAAAAGAAAAAAAAAGGCCAUCACAGAAUUCAUACCAGAGAGAAACCUUACAAAUGUAACCUAAGUUACAUGGUCUUUAGUCACAUUUCAUGCUUUGGUUAGCAUCAGAGAAUUGAUGUGUGACAGACUCUUCAGUUUCCUCAAGCGUGGCAAAUUCUUCAUUAUGAGUGCCAUCAUUAGUGAACAUCACAGAGUCCAUCCUAAAGAGAAAUCAAAUAAAUGCAAUGUGUGUGGCAGGGGCUUUAUGUAGGCUUGACUAUCAGUGUCACCGUGGCACCCCAUCACCACAUGAAUAAAAGAGCUGGGACACAGAUUGAAGGCACAAACCUGCAAGAGGUGGGUUUCCCGUAGGUGCAGGGAGAGCCCCAAGUAACCUCUAUUGUGGCCUUUUAUUGAAACAGUAUACAACAGGUGUGGGGGGCCCUUGUACUAGGACUACAUGCUUAAUGAUCGCUACAUGUGCUUUACCCAGGGACUCAACUCCCACCCUGUUGCACCACAAAUGUCAAAGUCCAGCACCUGCUUCCCAAUGACCAACUGAUCUUAAAUCAUUUGAGGGAUGUCUCCAGGCUACAAAACAUCUCCAAUGCCAGCCAGGAGAUUGUUCCGCUCCCAGCACCUCUCUCAAGAACCAGUGACUGUUCCUACAAGCCUGGUGCUUGGUCUUUUACACCUGACUACUCACUUCUACUACACAUGUGAAGGUACAUCUUCAGUGAAACCACAGAAAUUAGAUUUUUAUUAUAAAAUUAAUACAGAAGGACUGUUACUGUGCAGCGUCAGACCGUUUACACAAGAAAUAACUCAAUGUCUGGUUCAGCAGCAUUUAAUGUCUGAUGUUACAUGGAGCCAGAACUAUACAGUAACUAUAAAAACCAAAAUACAUUCAACCAUAUGAACUGAUACCAUAUCAAACAUGGAAGGACAUGUGGACAUGGUGAAACAUUUAGCUUAUACAAUAUUUCAUUAUUUUAGGUUCUUUCGAAAGCUACUUUGUAUAAUUUUCACGCUAAACAUGAAAUCUCUUCAGAUGCCUACCACCAACAUUUCACUGUGGUGUCUUGAAAAGAAUCAGUACACUGGCAGGUCUCAAUUGAUCCUCAAGUGUGGCAAAUUCUUCAUUAUGAGUGCUAUCAUUAAUGAACAUUACAGACUCCAUCCUAAAGAGAAAUCAAAUAAAUGCAGUGUAUGUGGCAUGGUUUUAUGUAGAAAUCAUUUCUAUGCCAAUGUAUGUGGCAGAGGCUUUAUGUAGAAAUCAUUUCUAUGCCAUUUUCUGGAAGGAAGAGACAUUACCUUUGGAGAUUAAUUCCUUUUUCUAUUUUUAGGAAGACUAAUUUGGGGCCGCGCCUGUGGCUCAGGGAGUAGGGUGUUGGCCCCAUAUGCUGAGGGUGGUGGGUUCAAGCCCCAGCCCCGGCCAAACUGCAACAACAGCAACAAAAAAGAAAGACUAACUCACGGUGAGGUGCAGUGGUGUAAUCAUAGCCUACUGCAUCCUAUGAUUCAUGGGCUCCAGCCAUCCUGUCCUCUCUACCUCCCAGACAGCUGGAAAUAGUGGUACAUCUUAUUUUUCAUAAUUUGUUUUGCAGAGAAAAUGUCUCACUAUGUUCUCCAGAAUUUCAAACUGUAGAUUCUAGCUAUACUCCCAAUGUGGUCUCCCAGUAUGCUUGGAUUACAAAUGUUACUUGUCGUCAUGUCUUUUUACUUUGAGCUUAAAUGUUGCCUGAUAGACACAGGAUAGCAGUGAGGGGUGAAUAUUGUACAACUGUGGUGUCAGUAUUCAUGCCUGGAGCAUUCAACACAGGCUUCUGUUUAAUGAAUGGUGGCUUAUUGGAACCAACUGUUCUACCAAAUCAGAGAAAAAGAACGGGCCACAAGCUUUGGACCCUGAGAAUUUUAUGGGAAAACAAAAAUGUCUUCUUAAGGUCUAAUAAAGGUUGUAGAAAUAAUGCAGGGAUACUGGUGGUCACUGUCAUUGAAUGGCAAUAGUUGUUUACCAAACAUUGAAUUAAAAAGUCUUUUUUUUAGAAGGUGAAGAGAGGGCGGCACCUGUGGCUCAGUUGGUAAGGCGCCAGCCCCAUAUACCGAGGGUGGCGGGUUCAAACCCGGCCCCGGCCAAACUGCAACCAAAAAUAGCCGGGCGUUGUGGCGGGCACCUGUAGUCCCAGCUACUCGGGAGGCUGAGGCAAGAGAAUCGCUUAAGCCCAGGAGUUGGAGGUUGCUGUGAGCUGUGUGAGGCCACGGCAUUCUACCGAGGGCCAUAAAGUGAGACUCUGUCUCUACAAAAAAAAAAAAAAAAGAAGGUGAAGAGAAAAAACUUAUAUUUGAGUAAACAGUUUCAUUAAAACUGCCAGUAGAGGCUCGGCACCUGUAGCUCAGUGAAUAGGGCACCAGCCAGGUACACCGAAGCUGGUGGGUUCAAGCCUGGCCUGGUUCUGCUAAAAAACGACGACAACUACUACAAAAUAGCCAGGCAUUGUGGUGGGCGCCUGUAGUCCCAGCUACUUGGGAGGCUGAGGCAAGAGAAUCACUUAAGCCCAAGAGUCUGAGGUUGCUGUGAGGUGUGAUGUCCCAGCACUCUAUCAAGGGCGACAUAGUGAGACUCUGUCUCAAAAAAAAAAAAAAAAACUACCAGUAGAGCAAGUUCUUGAAACUGAUUCUCAUUUACCUCUUCUUGGUAUUGUAAUUUGCAACUAUUUUAUUUAGGAUACAUCAAAAUUCCCCAGUUUGAACUAAUAAAAGUUAAUAUUUUUUCAUAGCUGUAACUGAGGCACAGUGUUUAUAUCAACAUUGUUUUAUUAGACCUGAGGAAGAUACUUCAUAAUAGACAAUAAUUAUGAACCCUUAAGCUCUUGUGGUUGCAGCAUCUAGAGCAAAUUUUUUUGGGUGAAAUCAAAGAAGAUAUUUUGGGUACAUGCACAUAGGUGAGUAGGAUUACUAAGAGGUAAUCCUUAGAAUAUAAGUUAUUCUUUCUACACUUUGCCCUAGGAUACUUAUGAGUACCAUAAAUAUAGCAGAGUCUUUUACACCCUUAAACAUAUAUGACCGUGGAUGAAAUUCUCUUUAUGAUUCCAUUUCCUCAUGUGCCAAGGAGGACCUAUGGCAUGCACCUGCCUUUACCUUAAGCAAAAAUGCAUACAUAGUAAUGAAUAACUUACAUGAAAAAAAAAAGGAACAUGAGUCCAGGCACAGUGACUCAUGCCUGUAAUCCUACCAGUCUGGGAGGCCAAGGCAGGUGGACUGCUUGAGGUCAGGAGUUGGAGACCAGCCUGAACAAGAGCAAGACCCGUCUCUAAAAAUUGCUAGGCAUUGUGACAGGUGCCUGUAGUCCCAACUACUCAGGAGGCUAAGGCAAUAGCAUCACUUGAGCUCAAGGAGUUUGAGCUUGCUGUGAGGUACGAUUUGAUGCCACUCUACCCAGGGUGGCUGAGUGAGAACUCUGUCUCAAAAAAAAAAAAGAAUAUAUGGACGAUAAUGAUAAAUAUGACACUAUGUCUUUUUUUCUCCUUACAGUACUCAGUGACAUAAUUUUUAAGUAUUAUUCCUUGCAGAUUUUAAGAAUCAGCACUGAAAAUAGGAAUUUGUUUUGCUGGAUGAAUGAAGAACCACUUAUAUUCAUUCUCGUAACACUGUCCCCAGGUUGCACUUUUCACUCCCCUGGACCUUGCUUGUUCACAUGCACCUAACCUUUGGUUGGGAUAUUGACAAUGAUGCUAUACACGGAAGAGGUGUGAGAAUUUGUAUCAUACAGUGAGGCUUUCCGAGGAAGGCAGAUGAGUCCCCCCCCAACACCAGCAGGUCCUGAUAUGACUUGAGAGGAACUGUCAUGUGCAGGGUGUUAUAAAGUUUUAGUUUGGGGUGGAGGUGAGGCAUCCACAUGUAGUUUAAAACUGCAAAUGGUGCCAAAGUAAGGAGCAUCGGGCAUUGCUGUUAGCCAACCAGAUGAGCAGACUAGAAAGAGGGAAUCUACAGGUAUAAAAGAUGUUAAUAUUUAAAUGUCACACAAUACAGUUUGACUUUUUAAAAUAAGAGUGUUUUCUUUUGAAAUCCUUCAACUUGGUUAGGAAAGACCUGAAUUUUUCUCAUUUUAAUUGCACACUACAUUCUAGACACAUAAGUCAUCUCAAGGUAUGACUGUUGAAAAUGUGAGAGCAAACCCGGGGGCUCACAGCUUUAAUCCCAGCACUCUGGGAGGCAGAGGUGGGAGGAUCACUUGAGCUCAGGAGUUUAAAGAGAGCCCAAGCAAGAACAAGACCUGACCUCUUAUCUUGGCACUUGUUUCUCAGUGGUUAGUGCGCCAGCCACAUACACCGGAGCUGGCAGAUUGGAACCCAGCCUGGGCCUGCCAAAACAACAAUGACAACUACAGCAACAAAAAUAUCCAGGCGUUUUGGCAGGCACCUAUAGUCCUAGCUACUUGGGAGGCUGAGGCAAGAGAAUCACUUAAGCCCAAAAGUUUGAUGUUGUUAUGAGCAGUGAUGCGUCGGCACUCUAAUGAGGGUAACAUAGUGAGACUCUGUCUCAAUAAAAAAUAAAUAAAUAAAUAAAGACCUGGUCUCUACUAAAAAUAGAAAAAUUCACCAGUAGCAUGCAGGCUCUUGUAGUCACAACUUUUGGGGUGGAAGAAGCAGGAGGAUGGCUUGAACCCAAGAGCUUGAGGUUGCUGUGAGGGACACUGGUGCCAUAGCCCUCUAGCCUUGACAACAGACUGAGGAUCAGUUUCCAAAAAAAAAAAAAAAAAGUGAAAUUCCACUUACUUUAAUUUCCUAAAACACUUUUUUGUAUGUAGAGUCUAGAUUAUUAUGUGGAAGUGUUUAAUUUACAAUAAAUGUGAUAAAGGAAUUGUACACAAAGAAUUUUUACAAAAUUAUGGAAGUAUAAUUUUCAGAUUAUGGUACUAAGCUAUAUAUACCAUGGUUCAUUUUCAAGUGUAAUAAUAUGUUCUGCUUUGUACAUUUUUUUUGUCUUAUUUUUUACCUUUCAUGCACUGUAGGCCAGCGUGUAUAUUUAAUCCAUUCUUUUGCCUGUGUUACUCUAUUGAAAAGUUUUGGAGUUUGUAUGUAAGGGUGGUGUUUGGAGACCGACUUCGUGCCAUGAGCAUUGUCAUAGGACAAUAUUGGGUAAAAACUGAUCUCUCUAUUAAUAUGAAAAAUCAGUGCAUCUUUAGGGAUAGCUUUGGGAUACUAUAAGAUAGUCAACUGAAAUUUCUUUUUUUUUUUUU